AUGCCUAUGUGCCCUCAAAAUAUAACCCCUCUUUGUCUCACCCAUACAGGAGCCAAGAAUGUGCUGAAGAUUUUAAAGAAAGCCGCUGUUCCUUCCCUUUUUGCUCACAGAAAAAAUCUAGAUUAUGCAAGUAAAGUCGAUGAAAGAGGGGACAGGGUUAAAAAUAGGUCGCUCAAGAGAAGGAGUGAAAACUCGGCCGUGCAUCGUGAGAACAAGCGGCUUCAUCUGACAGCUGCAGAUACCCAUGAUGACAGCUCUGAGCUGUCUGUUGAUGGGUCUUUUACGGACUCACUGUCAUCAUGUGUGGGCAAUGUUGAAGUGCAAGAUCUGGGAUUUGUCGUCUGUGAUACUAUUGGUGUGGUUGAAGAAAUUGUGAGUACCCCUACAUCACCUGGAGUCGACAGCAGUAAUUUGAAGCAGUGCCGCAAGAAAAGCGAAAAACCGAAGACUUUUAGAAGUGUAAGCACUCAGACUCUAAAGAGUACAUUUAUUUUUGAGACAUUAAGAAAAAACCCAAAUUGUGUCUCAUACUUCACGGGCUUGGAAAAUUUUGAUAAGUUUAUGUUGGUGUUACAUUCUUUGGGACCUGCGCGCUAUGAGUUAAAAUAUCGUUAUCACACGGUAGAAAGUGUUUCAAUUGAAGAUCAGUUUCUAAUGACACUUAUGAAGUUAAGGCGUGGAAUUCCAGACAUUGGUCUGGCUUAUCAUUUCUUUGUUUCUAAAAAAACAGUACAAGAUAUUGUGGUAACUUGGAUCAAUUUUAUGUAUCAUGAAUGGAAGGAAUUGAAUAUAUGGCCUUCUAAAGACUUGACACACUAUUAUAUGCCUGAGGGCUUUCGUAAAGUAUACCCCAGCACUAGAGUCAUAAUAGACGGCACUGAAAUUCCAAUUUCAUCUCCUAAAAACCCGCUCCAUUCUCAAGCAGCCUUUAGCACCUACAAAAAUCGUGCCACUGAAAAAAUUUUGGUUGGUGCCACUCCUAGUGGAUUAAUAUCCUAUUGUUCAGAGGCAUAUGCUGGUUCAGUGAGUGAUAGGGCUAUUGUCGAGCGAAGUGACCUAACUCAGAAAUGUGAUCCUGGAGAUUCCAUUAUGGCUGACCGAGGUUUCACUGUCCAGGAUUUGUUUGCUCCCUGUAACGUCGCAGUUAAUAUUCCCUCUUUCCUCAAAGGUCAAGCUCAGUUACCUGGGUUAACUUUACUGAAGGACAGAAAGCUUGCUAGUAAGAGAGUUCACAUUGAACGAGUGAUUGGUCUUGUAAAAACUUACAAAAUCCUCAAAAAGGAACUUCCACCCUACUAUGUGCCUCUGGGGAGCCAAAUUUCAUUUGUUUGUUGCAUGUUGUGCAAUUUCAGGGAGGGUAUUGUAAGUCGUUAUGCAUAGUUAAAGUUUAAAUUGUUUCUCUCAUUCCUGUGUUUAGGUUCAAAGCUUAAUAACCAUUCUAAUAAUUUGAAAUACUGAAAGUAUAUUAAACAUGUAAAUACA